GUGCAGGGAUCUGGGUGGAGUUAACUCUCCGUGUGUCCACCGUGCAGAGCUGACACUGACAACUGGGAGACCUCCUGCCAGCCAAACAGGUGUCCUCUGAGGCUCCGGCACACAUUUUUCGGGAGCUCGGCUACUUCAUCCACGCGCUGCCGACUUGAUUCGUGCUGAACUUUAAUAUUUCAUCGAGGAAACCAACUUUUAUAAACACAAAUGAUGCACUCGGCACAGAAAGACACCACCUACACCAAGAUCUUUGUGGGGGGUCUUCCGUACCACACCACGGACUCCAGCCUCAGGAAAUAUUUUGAAGUGUUUGGCGACAUUGAGGAGGCUGUUGUAAUCACGGAUCGGCAGACAGGCAAAUCCAGAGGUUAUGGAUUUGUGACCAUGGCUGACCGGGCCUCUGCUGACCGAGCCUGCAAGGACCCCAACCCCAUUAUAGACGGCAGGAAAGCCAAUGUGAACCUGGCCUACCUGGGGGCCAAGCCCAGGGUCAUGCAGCCAGGAUUCUCAUUUGGUGUGCCUCAGAUCCAUCCAGCAUUCAUCCAAAGGCCUUAUGGGAUCCCUGCCCACUAUGUCUACCCCCAAGCCUUUGUGCAGCCCAGCGUGGUCAUCCCUCAUGUGCAGCCGUCUGCUGCCACGGCAACAGCUGCUGCUGCCACUUCCCCGUACCUUGACUAUACUGGAGCGGCCUAUGCCCAGUACUCUGCUGCAGCCACUGCUGCGGCUGCCGCUGCUGCCUAUGAGCAGUACCCGUACGCGGCCUCCCCGGCACCAGCAGGCUAUAUGGCUACAGCAGGGUAUGGAUACGCCGUUCAGCAGCCACUGGCGACUGCCGCUACCCCAGGAGCAGCCGCUGCUGCUGCCGCCUUUGGCCAGUACCAGCCUCAGCAGCUGCAGACAGACCGCAUGCAGUAAAAACUAGAAAACUACCUUACACUACAUGAGGAGAGCAGGGAAGGUCACAUGCACCCCCAAGACAGGGCAAAGUGUUGAGAGCAGGAAGGCAGGAUGUUUGUCAGGCUGAGUGAUGUCAGCCCUGGUUUGGUUUUAUAACUAUUACUGCUUCUACCAAAGAGCCUGAAGAAAAUCACGAGAUAUUAAGGGACAAAGCAGUUACUGUAUAUUUUUAUUAAAAUGAGAUCAGUAUUUUGUCACUACUGUAUGCAUAUUUAAUAUUUAUUCAGCAGGAAAAUAUUUAAUAAUGUUUAUUUAAGUAGACUGACUGGACCUCGUAAUAUCAAUCGUUGCUGAAUUUUGUAUGUGUACUGCAUUGGAAUUUGUAUGGAAUUCGCAAGUGCAUUCAAGUCUUAUGAUCAGGUGUCUUCCCCAGUCCUUUGAAAGCAAACCAAAAUACUGCAAACCUACUGUAAGAAUGUGUUAUCCCACCAUACAGUAUUUGAUAGUUUUGGACCAUUAUUUUAUUUGGCAAAGCUAUGCAGGUAAUGAUAGAGAAGUCAGUGUUUUGUUUGAAUAGUUCUUAUUUUAUAAGUAUUUUUGCAGUGAAACAGAUUGGAUACCCUCAGCUCGUUCCCUUCACAGCAGAUCUCCCUGACAGUAGAGGGGACAAAGUGCUGGGGCGACAGCUGUAGCUGGUAAAAGCACUCACUUUUCUUCCCUUUAAAUUGCACCUCAGCUAAGCUUAGCAAGAGGGGAGAAACAUAAUUGAAUAUGAAUGUUUCAGUUUCACAAAUCUUUUCAUGAUGUGCCUUUAAAUUUUGAUAUUUAUGUAUUUAUUAUGGAGCUCUACAGCAAUAAACCCUUUAAUUUGUGUCAUGUUGCUUAUGUUACUAGAAAUGUCCACAUGCUGCUCUUCUGCUAAGGAUGAGUAUAUGAUGAAAAUUUAAGUUUGGCUAAACAAAGUGCUAUACCUUGUCUGUUAUUUAUGUAAUUAAA